GAGGGAGGAGGGGUUGUGCUAUACGGCCUGCAGCUGCCUCAGUCAUUGCUUUUAGCUAUCUGACCCUACCAGGGAAAUGGGAAUUGCUCCAGAGUUUGUAUGGAAUCUCCCGAAAGCCGGUCCUUGGAACUGUGGAUAAGGAUGGGUUGCUAGGAGACGGGUGAGGAAGAGAGCUAUCCUGCGUGCACAGGUAUCCAGAUCAACAUGGUAGAGCACCAGACAGAGGAUGAGAAACUACAUCAACAGCAGAACCCUUAUAUGCUCUUCCUGCUGGUUUUAGUCUUCUUCCUCACAGGACUUGUUGGUUUUCUGAUCUGCCAUAUCCUGAAGAAGAAAGGCUAUCGAUGUCGGACAUCACCAGAAGAGCUGGACCCCGAGAUGAAGGAAGAUUUGAGCAGAGACCAAGAACUCACAGAUGAGAUCUCGAAUGAAGACACUGUUGAACGUAUAGUCAAGUGCAUUAUAGAGAAUGAAGCAAAUGCGGAAGCACUUAAACAGAUGCUGGGGGACACAGAAGGAGAGGUGGCCAUCGGUCCCAAUCUUUGUCCACACCGUGAGAGCCAGGAUGCUGGCCCUACCCACCAUCAUACAGUUCACCUGGGGUCAACACAAGCACCUUGCAUUCACUGUACCCGUAAGAAAAGGAGCCUGCUCCACCGCAUGGGUCGGUCAAAGGACAGCCGGGGGAAGCCGCAUCCUGGAGAGAUCACGGUCUUCUCUGUUGGAAGAUUUAGGGUUACCCAUGUUGGAAAGAAAUCAAGUAAUCAGUUAUCACAGGAUGAUCCCAAUAUUGGUAGUGACCCCGUAUCAUCUGACAAUGCUGAGGAGCAACAAGCUGCAAAGUCAUUAAAUGGUGUCACUACACACAGGGCCUCAGUGGGCCUGUCACAAAAUGGACCCGAAUUAGCGGGGUUAACAAAGGUAGAAAGCAAAAAGGAUGCAGAGUCUAAAUUGAAAGACAAGAAUGGGCUUAAAAGUUCAGGGGCGAAAACUGAAAGAACCAUAGCAAAAAUCAAUGGGAGCAAAGACAGACGAAGCAGUGCACCGGAGCAGACAGUAGCACAGCGAGAAAGAGUGGAUAUACUUCAGCUUCGAAAAAAGGAACAACGCAAAGAAAUAUCAGAAUCAACAGAAGAGCAGGUUAAAAGUGAACACUCCUCUCAGGAGCAGUGAUAUGCAAGUGGCAUAUUAGGAGAAAGACUGAUUGGGCUGACCUCUCCUCUGAUGGAUUAAAUUAAGAACAUGGCGAAGCAGGACCUGAGAUAUCGGAGAGCAGAAAAGGCUACUGUAGCAAAUAUGACAAGAAUAUAUGACAUUUUUUGUACAAAGAUAAGAAAGACACAGAGUGGAACAUAACAGGCUUGUCACUGACUCUGAAACCUAAUUCUGGGAAUAUAACACCAUACAUAAAGCUACAGUUCAGAGAUAACACAACUGACUACUUUCUCAUAGACUUUCCUCUGUUAGGAGCUUGUGUAUGCUAAGUGUCUUGACAAGACUGACGACAUAUCUUGUUGAUCCCAACAACCAAUCAUUUGUCCGACCAUGUGUACGCUCCA